AUGCAAAUAAUAUUUUAUUUUCAUAAAUUAAUUUGACCCGUUUCACAUAUUAUUGGUUUACAAAUUUUGAACCUUUAGAAUAAAAAUAAAAUAUAAUAAACAUUUGGAAAAUUCUAAACCCUAUUUUCAACGUGGAGCUUCGAUCGAGGCAACGAGCCAAGGGGAGUAGGGGACGGUGAUCGGUCUGCGGAUCACUCCGCUUCUUCAUUGCUCCCAUUCCAGGAGCCAUGAGACGAGCGUCGACUCUUCUCAGAGCCUUCUCCUCCAUCUCGGCAGAGGGUAUCGCCGCGUCGGCCGCCGCACCAGGGCCUGAAGCAGGAGUCAUAUUGACGCAACGCAGGCUCCUGCAGGUGGCUCUAUACGGGACCAGCAGCAAUGGGAGUUCGUACUCCCGCCGGCGGUGGUUCUCCCCAUAUAUUGAUCUCUUCGCCUCCCGAGCCGCGUAUUUUGGCAUCACCGGAGCAUUGUUAUCCGUCGCUGCAGUGGGCUUACUAUCGCAGGAAGCUUAUGCCAAGGAGGUAUUGCCACCGGCGGUUAUUCCGAAGGACGUUGUGCUUUAUCAAUACGAAGCUUGCCCUUUCUGCAACAAAGUUAAAGCUUUCCUAGACUACUAUGACGUACCAUACAAAGUUGUGGAGGUCAAUCCAAUCAGUAAAAAAGAGAUCAAAUGGUCAGACUAUAAAAAAGUGCCUAUUUUGAUGGUGGAUGGUGAACAGCUGGUUGAUUCCUCAGAUAUAAUUGAUAAGCUUAGCCAACAAUUUCUUUUGCCAAAAUAUAUUGAUUCAGCACUAGAGGACAAUGAAGAGAAAAAAUGGCGCAGGUGGGUUGAUAAUCACUUGGUGCAUGUGUUGUCACCAAACAUAUAUCGAAAUACUUCAGAGGCUCUUGAGUCCUUUGAUUAUAUCACCACCCAUGGUAAUUUCAGCUUCACAGAGAAAGUAACAGUCAAGUAUGCUGGAGCUGCAGCAAUGUAUUUUGUCUCCAAGAAUCUGAAGAAGAAAUAUAACAUAACUGAUGAACGUGCAGCUCUGUAUGAAGCUGCCGAUACAUGGGUGAAUGCUCUUGAUGGCAGGGAGUUUCUUGGGGGUUCCAAGCCUAAUUUGGCUGAUCUUGCCGUCUUUGGAGUGCUGAGACCCAUCCGGUACCUGAGCUCUGGAAAAGACAUGAUAGAGCACACUGGUAUUGGUGACUGGUAUGCAAGAAUGGAAAAUGCUGUGGGGGUGUCUUCAAGAGUCAAGCCUUGACUGUUGGUUUAUUCCUUUAUUACUUGAUAGUUAGCGAACUGAAUUGAGUGUGUGCAGGCUGAUUACAUCACAUAAAAUGGGCUAAGCAUAGCACACCAGCAGAAAUCAGUACUAAACAGUUUGUAAUUUGUUUCCUGGCCAUUUAGGAAUUAUUUAAACCUAAACAUCUCCCUCAAUUACUGGUACUUGUUGCUCGGCAAGUACAGCUCCAGCUCUCCCGAACUUCCAUGGUGCUGUUUUUUCUCACUUGGCAAGGCAGACUUAUUGUGGAUUUUUUUCAUUAAUUCUCAAACGUGUUUGCUUCCACCCUGUUGUGAGACACUUCCAGCACAUGAGGUGACGUGUACUGUGCGCUAUGAAGGAACAUUUGUUUCAGAGUACUCAUUCCUAGAAAUAAGAUGGAACUAAACUGAGAAAUUUGAGAAUGAAGGCUAUAGUUUUCAUUCCUCAUAUUCUAUUGUGCAUUCAUAAAAAGUCAGUUUAUGGGGCUUACCUUUAUGACUGUAGGGAGGUGCCUGCCUGUUUUGAUAACAAAGCAUAGUGGAUUGUGUAUUGAAAAUUUGAAGUUGAAUAGGUUUGAUUUGGGUAAUGGAUAUCUACUUGUUGGCUCCA